AACAAAAGUGCAAUUAACUAGUUUUAAUGAUGUAACCAGUAAGAACGUUACUUCUGUCUGCAGUCUGGGCGGUAAUGAAACGAUGCUCGCUCACGCAGAAUAAGUUUCCUUCCAGCAGCGGAUAGCGGCUUAUCGAACGGUUGUGUGCAAGUAUCCUACUGCAUAAAUCAAAUAAAUCUUUUCCUCAGAUCAACUAUUUACCUCAGUAUUAAUAUAUAGUAUGCACUCGAUCUCCACUGCUACAGGGCCUUACUACAGUUACUACACGUUAUUCACUUGAUUAACGUACUGUACAUUUAAAUCUACCAGCUCUCAGUGUGUACUUUACUCGGCUGAGAAAACAUCUCUUUUAGCCAGGAAAUGAUAACCCAAAAGACAAUGAACUAGAUUUGCAAUCACUAAUCAAUUUGCUCCUUAUUAAUGGUUAAAGAACUGAUUAAAUGUCUAGCAGACGGAAUAACGAACUUUCCAACAGCUGAUAGGUUAGCUACGUCAUUCAAAACAAACGCCCCCCUCUCCAAAGAGACAGGGCGUGUGUGAAGAUGCUACGCGGGCGGGGCUAAGAGCAACAGUGUCCACUCGGUUUAUUGGUCAGGCUUUUGGACUCCAACGACGAAGGUGUUGCCUGCCUAAGAUGUCUAUGGUAAAGAGUGGUUGGCUCCAUCGACAAAGUACCAUACUGCAUCGGUGGAAAAGAAACUGGUUUGAUUUGUGGGUCGAUGGAUGGCUUGUGUUCUAUAAUAAUCAGCAACGGCGUGACAUGGAGGAUGACAUCCACAUAAGGGAUGAAUGCAUUGACAUCCGCAACUUUUAUGCUUGUCAAGAGCUGAACCCUCCGGAGGGGAAGAUGCGCGAUGCCUUCCUUCAGAUAGUGUGCAGAGAUGGACGGGUCAUCAGCCUGUGUGCAGACAGCGCAUAUGAUGCUCUGGCAUGGACCAUGGCACUUCAGGAUGCCAGAAUUAAUGCGCAGGGUUAUGCCCUGGGACCGUAUGGAGAAUAUGUUGCACCUCUACCACAUGCUACACAGAUUGUCUACUCUGCUGAUGGGCAGCCUUAUCCUCAUCAGUACCAAGGUGGGUACACCACUUCUGAAGUGAACCAUGUUGUUAUUCAUGAACCCCAGCAUGAAGACCGAGGAGAUGUGCCUUGGGGCAUCCUCGCUGGAACAGCAACUGGUUUGACACUUGGCGCUCUCUUCUCUGUCUUCUGAUGUCUUCAUUAAUGUACAUUUAGUAGCACAUACUGCCUAUGUGUUCUAUAUAUAUAUAUAUACACACACACACACACACACACACACACACACACACACACACACACACACACUAAAUACUGCAAUCACUUUCUCAUAUGCCCUGUGUGGCAGUUUCCCACCCCCUUUGUGUUGUCUAAAUAUGAACUAUUAUUCCUUUUGUGUACUGUACAUUACUGUUUUUCAGGUUGGUUUCUGUUUCAUGGAGCACAUUUGUCUUUUUUACAUUUUGCAUAAUUAUCUAAAUAGCCAUGACUUGGUUUUUGUUUUUUACAGGUUUUAUGUUCACUUCUGUGUACUCUACCUUUUACUUUGUCUCACAUGUAUUACUUGUCUGUGUUGGUUGGGAAUAUGUAGUGUUUUUUCAGUUCCGCAGGUUAUUUGUGGUGGAGGCAGGCUGAGAGUUGUGUGAACGCACGCACACACAUUGUAGCACUUUAAAGAUUUUUUUGGGGGGGCAUUUUUGGCCUUUAUUUAUUAUUUCG